AUGAACCCCAACAGCCGCCGUCAUCAGAACCCUCCUCCCUUUGUUGUUCGAACUGAUGGUUCAGCAACGCCUGCAACAACUGCUCCUCCUGUGAACUAUGUUCUGCAGUCUAUCCCUAUCAAUAGCCAAGCUAUCCCUCAACGGCCGGCUCCUAUGAAUACUCGCAACGAUCCCCCCAACCUCCAGUUGGACUUCUGGCUUACGCACACGAGGCCCGGUGAUGCCACUAGUAACACUGCUUUGCAGCAACAGAAUCCUCAAGCUCUUGUUGCUGCCCAGAGCACUUCAUACCCUCCACCGGGGCAACCAGUUAAUGUGAUCCAACGGCCCUAUGGAUAUCAAGUUGAGGGGGAAUGGCAUAUUGGCUACUGGUAUGAUCGACUUCAGCACCGUGCUAGAGAGCAAUCACAAGCAGAUCUCGGGCCUCAAUGGAAUCAUAAUAUGCUUGUUAACUAUGAUCAGCACUAUCGUAGCCAGCAGCUUGCAGUCCCUGGUGUUAAUUGGCCUACCCCAGCAGUAGGUAUGACUACCUAUCAGCCUGUUAUUCAGGCUCUUCAAAACACAGGGAUAUCGGUUGUUCAUGUAGAUCAAAAUGGAAAUGCACAGUGGGUUUGGCAAGGAAGGAAUUAA